AUGAGCGAGUCAUCACAUUUCCGGCGGCGGAUGCCGCCGGCGCAAGAGCAGCUGAGGGAGAUCGAAGUUCUUUUAUACUCCGCCAACGACCUGAAGAACGUGAAGCACUUGAGCAAGAUGAGGACCUACGCGGAGGCUUACGUGGAGAGGAGCGUGGACGCGGCAAGGACCCGCGUGGACGAGCAGGGCGGGGCGAACCCGGUGUGGAACCAAGUGGUGAAGCUCAAGUUCCGCCAAGGGGUGGCGGAGAAUGACGUCAUGGCGGCUCUGAACGUGGACAUAUACGCGCACGGGCACGUGAGGGAGAAGCCCGUGGGGAGUGCUAGGGUGUUGCUCAGUGACGUGCUUAAGGGGGGCGGCGACGCGGCGGAUGAGACGCCGUUAGGUAAUCCUAUCCAGUUCUUGACGGUGCGAGUUUGGAGGCCCUCCGGUAGGCCCCACGGGUUGCUUAACCUGUGGGUCCCGCCCACCGGGAGGUUCUUGGUUUCGUUUAAGUCAUUGUCGUUUAGCUUAAGGGGGAGAGAUGGUACGGAGGAGGAGGUGGUGGUGGUCGGAGAUGAGGCCGCGCCAAUUAGUGGUGGGGUCAUAAAGGAUGCUUAG